AUGGCCCAUACGAAGCAGACCACCAUCAGCACGGGAGGAAAAGCGCCGCACAAGCAGCUGGCUACGAAGGCCGCCCGGAAGAGUGCUCCUGCAACCGGUGGAGUCAAGAAGCCGCAUCGCUACAGGCCGGGCACGGUGGCGCUGCGUGAGAUUCGUCGUUACCAGAAGUCGACUGAGCUGCUCAUCCGCAAGCUGCCCUUCCAGAGGCUAGUGCGGGAGAUCGCGCAAGAUUUCAAGACGGACCUCCGCUUCCCGAGCUCGGCUGUAAUGGCCCUGCAGGAGGCCAGCGAGGCCUACUUGGUCGGUCUCUUUGAAGACACCACUGAGCUGCUCAUCCGCAAGCUGCCCUUCCAGAGGCUAGUGCGGGAGAUCGCGCAAGAUUUCAAGACGGACCUCCGCUUCCCGAGCUCGGCUGUAAUGGCCCUGCAGGAGGCCAGCGAGGCCUAUUUGGUCGGUCUCUUUGAAGACACCAACAUCUGUGCCAUCCAUGCCAAGCGGGUAACUAUCAUGCCUAAGGACAUCCAGCUGGCUCGUCGCAUCCGCGGUGAACGCGCUUAA